AUGGUCGGCAGCUCAACGACGCAGUCCAGCCGCACCAGCCCUGGGUCUUUUGGUACGAACCAGCGCGCUACAUCAGUAUCGUCCGGCACAUCAUCUCCCCAGUCUUUGUCACAAGGGCCAUCUGGCUUGCAUAAUGCGAUGUCGACCGACGUGUACAACUCCGCUAUUUCUCAACCUCCCGCGUCUUUGAGCUCCUCUUUUUCCUACCCCUUUUCCCCGAUUGGAGCCGGCUCGUCCUUUGAUAGUCUAGGUACAAACGGUAUGCGACUCACUGAAGCUGAUCUGUCGCCUCCCAUGAAUGGCUUCCACCGCAUGGGCAGCGGCGCUGCUAUCUUGAUGCGUAGACUGCCCCAAAAUACCAGUCGAGAGGCACUACGAAGCAUGUUCCUUUUCGCGAAGGAUUUCGUCGACGCUGACUUCGUCCCAUCCGAACUUCCUGAGGAUGGCAAAUUUCUCUCUGCGAUUGCACGAUUCAAUACAGUUAUUGCCGCCGAAGAAGCGCGAGCCAUGUUGGAUGGCAAGCCCAAUACCAGCAAUGAAGCCAACAUGAUAGUUGAGAUGUUCCCUGGGCCGCUUCCGAACCGUCGUAAUACCAUUGAUCACACCGCUACCCGUGGUCUUCCAGGGCCGACUGCUCGCCAGUCGUCUCGCUUCAAUGGCACGUUCCAAACAAUGACCAAUGGUGCCUCGCAGCAGCCUAGUGCCAACGAACCGCUUCCUGCUCCAGACACCAACUCCCGGAUCCAUAGCCUUUUCUCACCUCGAUCACCGAUAGGCAGUGGGCUUGGAGAAUUGCCACGCGUAAGCGGCAAGUCAGUUAUCGACCAAGAUCUGGAUGAGGAGACCGGCGAGUUGCUCAAAGACCCCGUUGGCUAUGCGCAAAACGGACAUGGAAACAUACCUCUCACGCGGCGUUCGACCAAUCCUUCAAUCCCGACUAGCCGUUUUGCCAACCUAUCAUUAUCCACAAAUGUCGCUUCACCGCCCAUCCAGGGUUACUCGAAUGGCACUGGCGGUCGCAUGGGAUUGCCGACUCCUUCAAACGCGAUGCCACCGAACAUGAAUGGCAAUCCUCCUUUCCAUUAUCCCAACCAGCAUAAUCCGCGCCAUAGCUUACCAGCUGCCAAUCCGAACGAUUUGAAUCCUCCAUGUAACACACUUUAUGUUGGCAAUCUUCCAGCUGAUACACAGGAAGAAGAAUUAAAGGCUCUCUUUUCCAAACAACGUGGUUACAAGAGAUUGUGUUUCCGCAACAAGCAGAACGGUCCUAUGUGUUUUGUCGAAUUUGAUGAGGUCGCAAUGGCCAGCAAAGCUUUGAACGAGUUGUAUGGAUACAAGCUUUCCAACAGCGUCAAGACUGGUAUUCGUCUUAGUUUCUCGAAGAAUCCUCUUGGAGUACGCAGCGGACAACCGGGAAGCAGUGUCAACCCUCCGACGCCUCUCAGUCCACAGACGCCUAUACACGGCGGCGCUGGUAUCGGUCCCUUGCCAAAUGCCAUGUUUUCUACCGCCAGUGGCCCUCCUCCAGGCUUGUCAGCUCCACCUGGUCUUGCGCUUCCUGUGGGUGCUCGAAAUGGGCCUAUGCCACCGCCAAACUCACACGCCUCGAUGACGAAUGGCAACGCAUUUGGUCCAAAUAAUGGGCUUGGCAUUCGAGCCAAUGGGCUUAACGCUCUUAAUCCUGUUCCCUUUGGUACUGGCAUCCCUGGUAAUGCCCAAGGACCUGGUAUGGGCGGCUUCAGCAGUGUCUAUCCCGACUAUAUGAUGGGCCGAUGA